GCGUGUUAUUAUCGUCUGUUGCUAACUUAGCCGUGGUCCUCCGUGUGUCUGUGAAUGAAUGACAUCAUGCGGGCUGCUGUCGGUCUCCAUCUGCGACAUGACACCCUCAGACACUACGGUUAGACGUUUAUUUAAAAUCUGCCGUUAAACCGGUGUAGAGUGAUGCAGCAGAAGUUGUGUUCCAGAGGUUCUGGUUCUUUCCUCUUGGAGAGGAAUGGCCAGGCCUGCGGUGCCGUCACCGUCACCUCCUGCGACCUCCCCUUCCGCUGCCCCCGCUGUGGCGAACAGGAGCGUUUCCGCAGCCUGGCCUCGCUCCGCGCUCACCUGGAGUACCGCCACUCGUACCGCUCACCAGAUGUUACCACUGGCGGCUUCAGCAUCACUGGCAAACUCCCCGACCCAUUGACGGCGGCGAUCCCCUGGCACGACAUGAGCCUCCCGACCCGCAGGGGGCAGCAGAGCACGGGGCGGCCACCUCACGCCCGCUCCCUUAGUGACAGCAGAGACAGCGGGUACCUCCACUCCUACAGCUCUGUGAGGAGACGCACGCAGAGUGUUGGUGUGGGGACGCAGGCUGAGGAGGAGGAGGAGGAUGACGACGAGGAAUUUGGGACAGAGGAUGAAGAUGGAGGAGAUGAGGAUGAGGACGAUGACGAAGGUGAAGAGAGAGAUGGGGGUAGAAACGAGGAGGAUAUAAAAAUGUGCAUCAAAAAGUCAGACGUAUGCCACCAUCAACUCAACCACCAUCAUCUCCCGUUCCCUCCUCCAGCGCCUCUUGGUCCUCCACCAGAUCCGGACCUGGACCUGGACCUGGACCUCAUAGAGCAGAACUCGUACUCUGGGUUGGAGACGGCAGCAGCCUCGGCCGCUGUGCGUCGACGACUGGCCAGCAUCCUGCGGGCGGCUGACAGCACCAUGCAGCGCCGGCUGGCCAAGGUGAGCACGGAGCUUGCCCAGACCGACACGGAGCUCCUGUGUGAGCGCGCUCACUCACAGCACUUGGCCCAGGAGAGGCAGGAAGUUGCAGACAGGGAGAGGUCGCUGAGCCGGCAGGUGGAUGUGGCUGUCAUGGUGAUCGCCGCGUUGAGGGAGCAGCUCAACGCCUCAGAGAACGAGCUGGAGCGGCGAGAGAGGGAGGUGAUAACCAUCCAGAAAUUUCUGGAAGCAGCAGCUCGACAGGAGACAUGUGGUAAAGUUCGAAUCCAGCGCUUCAUCGAGAAUCUGCUGAGACGCAUCGCUCUGGCCGAGAGACUGGUGGAGUAUUACCAGGUCAACGGCAGCCCGCAACAGUGCAACCACAACAAGUACCAGCAGCAAACUGAUAAUGGGCCUCACAGAAUCACUAAAAGCAGGUCAGCAGGAGGUCAGCUGUCCUCGUCUGGUCUCCAUGACAACAGAUCCCACUCCUCCUCGCAGUUCGGCGGCCGUCCUCUGUUCUCCAAACAGGGCGGCGGGGAACGAGACCGGGAGCGGGAGCACCGGGAGCGGCUGGCCCAGUCGUCCAGGCUCUUCUGCCGACCCGAACACAGAGACGACAUCUGGAACCACCAGCGCCGCCGGUCCGCCGGGUACGAAGCAUAGAACUGUAGAGAAACACCGGGGGAGAGGGGGUGUCAGAGGGGAGAACUCUAUUCAACUUUAUUCCAGUGUGUUAACCUAUGGAAAAGUACAGUACGGUCUUACUUACAUCAGACUUCUCUGGAGCAGUUAAUCUGAGGUGACUCCUCCUUCACUAUAACUCUUCAUUUAAAACAAUAUACUUCUAUACAUGUGGACUGUUGCUCUUAUUCAGCUAAAAGGGUGCAGAUGGUCCAUUAUGCUUAAUAAACUUCAGUUUUUGAAAUCUUAUUUUGACAUAGAAAUGCAAAUUUAGACAAAAUCUAAAUAACUUUCCUGCAUAUAUUGUACAGGAUGUUCAAAAAUAGGGAAACGUUAUCAGUUAUUGGUAAAAGAAUUGAAAUAAUUGACUCAUUUUAAGUCAAAAUGGGAGUGUAAUGUGUAUUAUUCCCUCCAAAUGUCAUCUGAUGGACAUUUUUUAUUUUAGUAUUAUGCAAAAAAUGUUUGCAUGUAUUACAUUUUUGUAUAGCAUGAUUGAAUUCAAUUGCUCCUCCUCCUGAAAAGUGCAAUUUUAAUUCAGUUUUUUUAAUAUAUAAAUCAAACUAAGACACCAAUUUAAAAUUAGAGAAAAGAUUACACUAAAUUAUAAAUCAAGAACUCUUUUGUAAAUGUCACUUGGCUUCAGAUGGUCUGAUCACUAAUGAGAGAUAAACACAACACACACAUCACAGUUACUACGCUGCGUUACAGGGUUUAAAAAACAUAAUGCAAUAAUAGAUAUUACUGCAUGACCACAUCGGCAUCACACUGUUUUCAAGUACAUAUUGUGAAUAUUUUCUAUUGCCAGCACCGUGUUGUUGCAUAUUUUCUACUUUUCCAUAGAUUACUAUACUGAAAUAGACGACGGUGAGGUGUUACACUGGGUGCUUUUUCAGCGGGAUGUAAGUGUGGGUAAACUUUCAGUAUUCAAACAUAUAAAUGAACAGCUUUUCGUCUUUUGUCUCAUCUGUCAGCACAAAUCACAAUAUUUACUACAGUAUGAUUAAUCUCAGUCUUUUAGUGAUACGUUCUGAAUCCUCUUCUGUGUUUUAGAGAAAAUUCAGGUGGAAAUGUGCUUUUGUAUUCAUCGACUGAUUUCAGAUUUAGUUACAGUUGAUCGUGGAAACAUGAAUUUUGAGGAAGGUGGAUUGAGGAUGAAUAGUUCCCAGUGACGUCGAUGACACGUCCUCUCCUCUGGUUGAACCUUUACAUCUUGGCCUGGUUCCCCCCCUAAAAAACUGCCCAUCAGUCCAGUUAUCUGAUCUCUGUCUGUGCUUUUGAGGCCAAACGACAGCGACGAAUGCCUGUGAUCAUCUCAGUAGUUUACGUAGUUUAAACUAAACCCCUCCACUGAACAGCAGAUAAUAUAUUAUCAUAGUUUCACUUGUAUGAAAUGUCCUAAAAUGAUCACUUUAAACGUGCUGCUAAACCAAAUUAUAUCAACUGUGUGAUUAUUAUAAGGUUUGCAAGGAGAUAUUAGUUAAAUUUGUCAAAAAGUGUAUUUGAUGGUGAUGGUGAUAACCUCCAUUUACUUCCAAGGCCAAUGAGCAGUUCAGCUAAUUUGGUUUGUGUUGUUACAGGUUACAUUUAAAAACAUCCAUUGUGUAGUGUUUCUCCACUGUUGGGAGCCGGCCCUGGAUGCUAUCAGAGUUUAAGCUAACGUUGAAUUUUGGGGUAGUUACAUCCCAAGUAUAUAAGCUAAGCAAUCAGUACGAACUUACUGUUUUCAAUCGUACCUACAAUACUAGGACUAACCAGCUCUAUGUUGCUACAAGAUGAAUCCUUAUUCUUUUAUUUCUGUUUCUUUUAACUGUUGGGGAUAAUGACUUUCUAUCUGGGGCCUGUUAGCUUUAGCAUCAGUCUGUUGGCAUGAUAUAAUUACUUAUUUAGCCAUUAAAUGCAUAUUUAAGAAUCCUUUUACAAGAUUCUCAUUUUAAAAUAAGUCAGUUCAAAACAUUAAAAAGUUAGCUGGGGUUAAGUGUUUUGCUGUUGGGAGAAGUUUGCCUCGAGGGCUUUCUCUGUUAACAAGGGAUUUCUUGAUAGAGGUUAGGAACAAAACAGUGGUUUUGGGUUAAAUUGAAUAGAUUUCUGCCAGAACGUCUAUGUGCCGGCAUUUUCAACCAGCUCAUGUAGCAAAUGUUAGUGUAAUUAGCAUGGUAGCUAUGUCUGAUCAAAUCUGCCAGCAAAAGUUUUCAUUUAAGUCGGCAAAUUCACCCGUCAUUGGUUCUAAAAGAAGAGCCUGCUUUUGUCUGCCUCUGUCUGAAAUUAAGGACCCAUUGAUUCAAAAAUUAAUAGAAUUAUUGAAUGGUAAAUCUCUUCUUUUUAAUCACUGUAAACUGUGCCAGAACUGAAAAGCUUGAUAGCGACACUGAAGCUGAACCAUCUGCACCACCAGCAUCAAGACUCCCUCUGGAGUCAGAGAAAUAAAGGGAUUGUUGUUGACUCAUAGAUGGAGUCAGUGUGCCAAAAUUAAACCUACACUUUAUUAGCAACACUUUAAAAUCUGUAUAAUAGUCGGUUGAUUGAAAUAUUGUAUGAUUUGGAACUUUUUUAGUCUUCCUCCACCAACAGCGUCCUCUGACAGGGUCAGGCAGACACUACUGUAGCCUCUAGAAUCUCUCUGGAGACUUGUUGUAACUCAAAUGCAGCAAUAUAUCUUAUUUUGAUUCAAGGGGGAGGCCAUGGCUGUGUUCUGGUGCUUCUGUUCACAUCUGAAAUUCAUUAUCUGGUAAAUGAGACAGUUUAAAAAUAAGUUUGGUUAUAAUUGAUGCGCACAACAAAGCUGUACCUAUUCAUCUUUGGUUGAUUCUAAAAACCCGUUAGCUGUAUAUAUACUGGUAAUUAAUAAUCUAAACUUCACAGGAGCAUAAUUUUGUAACUUCCUCGCAGCUCUGCUUUGGUUUGCGAAGCACAGACAGGAGUCUGAUGACACCAGACCUGGGUCAAAUGAACUCUGCAUAUUUUUGGCUUUUGUUUUGAAGAGGCUUCAGAUGGCAGAUGGGUCGGAUUCACUACAUUAGGACCAAUACAGUCUAACCUGUCUAAUAUUGUACAUAGAGAGAAAACGUAGAUAUGUUGACUUGGAAAUACUUUAUUGUGAUAUUUAUUUUUUCUGACAGUCGUGGUCCCAUGUAGCUGAUCACCACCAAUCUGUCAUCUUGUUCUGUAAAAUAUUCCACCUUUGUUUAAAGGAAACCUGCUCAUGAAGGUUUUCCAUUCGCCAGAGUCAGAUGAGAGGUUGGUUAUUAGUUUCAUCUCUGUGUGUUCACUAUGUGUUAGCCUAGCUUAGCACAAAGGCUGGACAGCAGGGAGAAACUGCUAGCCUUGCUCCAUCAAAGGUGCAAAUAACCGCAAAGCUAUCUGAUCAACAUCAGGUUUUCUUAUUGUCAACAAAUCUUAUUGUUAAUCCCAUCAAAACCUGAUAUAUCUUCUUCCUCUGUAAACACAGAGCUCCAUCCUUUUGCAAAAACGGUUGAAAACACAUCAGUUAGCCACACUGGGUACAUUUACAUGCAGAAUAUAUAAUAUAAUAUUCAGAUUUUUCUAUGAGUCAUGUUAACAGCAUAGUCUGUUGAUAUUCUGAAUCAGGCCUUUUUCCGAAUGGAGCAUUUUCCGAUUAAGACAUUUGGAGUAUGCCGGUAUUAUUCGGAUUUUAGGAGGAUUCGUAAGACUUGUAUACAGCACAUUCGGAAUAUGUGUCUCAGUUUGCGACAUGCGGCUUCUUGUCUGUUUAUGGUCAGCUCUGUGUGUUGUCAUGGUUAUGUUGUACACAAACCAACUCGCCAACAGUUUGCAAGGCUGAGGUGGAGAUGCAUGCCCAAAAGAAAAGCCCACAUUUCUGAUCAGAAGAAGAAACACGCCUAGAUGUAAACAGUAGGAAAGACUUGGAUAUCAACAGGAUUUUGGACAUGUGCAAAUAUCACAACGCUGACCUUUCAAGGAUACGAUAUGAUACGAUAUGAUACGAUACAAUACGAUACGGUACGAUACGAUACAAUACGAUACGAUAUACUUUAUUGUCCCUGUUGGUCUUUUUAUGGGAUUUGUUGACAAUAAAAAGAUACAGAACAAUGUCAUUAUUCUUUUCCUAAACAAAGUAGAGCCUGUAAAUAAAUGUCACUUUUGGUGGAGCUAGUCAGUUUCAGUCUUUGAGGAACUCACCGGAUAAAACGAGCCGUAUACAUGCAGGUACAGUUUGUCCCAGGUCUGGAGGACGCCACACAUAUAACGAAUGUACUCUUGAGUUAACGUAUAGCUCACACUGAAGAGAUGCCGUGUUUUAAGACCUGACUUUUGUCUCGCCGUUCAGGCUUAAACUCGCACUCAUUCACACAGAAACGGGUGGAGAUUCUCCGAUCACAAAUGAAUGCUUUCAUCCAAAGUGACUUACAGUGCCGUGAAUGCAUACAGUACACUUGCAGUAAACAAAACUCUUGUUUGAUAGAAUCAUUCCUUUCUCUGCAUCAUUCUCGACGAUCUGUUUACACGUCAUCUUUUGCACUCAUCCAAUGAUAAGAAUGUAAAUGUAAAAGACGGUAUUCGGUGUAAAAUGUAUCUUUGCUGUCGUUGGUUUAGGUUUUGUUGACAGUGUUAAUAGAUAUUUUGUAUACAAAGCUAUUAUGUGUCGUCAAGUGGAAGUAGUAGUCCUACAGUACUUUAACUUGGCAGAACAUUUAUCUGGAUCACAAACAAAUCACGUCUUUCUUUUUUUUUCAAGUCUUAUCUGUUAUGUGAAUUUAAGACCUUCAAGAGUUUGCUUCUUCUUGUUUCCGUCUUUUUUUUAAUUUUUUUAUGUUAUUUACAUUUCGGCAAAUGUCGGUCAAUAAGGUCAUGAAAAGUUCUCUUAGUGGAUUUUAGUAGAUAUAGUUUGCAUGCACCCUUUUUGUACACCUGACUAGAAGUUGUGUCAAUCAUUAUUUAUUCCAAAUUUAUUGCAAGUUUCCAUUUUUUCAAGCCAAAUAGUGUACUGUAAUUUUUUUCAUCUGUCCAACAAACCAAGUCAGACUGAUACACUACAGUUUCAGUAAUAUCUAAUACUAUAUCCUGAAUGUUACUGUUUAACGGGCUAAAAAGCAUUAGCCAUCAGUUUUUUAAUGGCUUCAUGGGCCCUAAAACGCUGAGGGUAAACUUGAGUUUUGUCAGGUUUACUCUCCACUGCUUCUUUACCACAUAAAAAGCGGAUUCUGAGACAUUUGGACAAAUUGUCCACUGAGUAUUCCAGAGGUCCAUCAUCUGAUCAGACUUCUGAGUCCUUUAGCACUUUGUGAAUUUAGGCACUGAGUAUGACUGCUGCUGUUGAUUAAAAACCCAGUUUCAUGUGAAAGAGGUUUUUUUGUUUGCUCACAGAGUGAAAGCAUCGCUCUGUGUGAUGAUCUCUUCUUUCAUCCACCUGCUCUGCUGUUACUUUUGUCAUGCACCACGUGUACAUGUGAAAAGCCAGUUUAGAAACCCAGUUAACUGUACGCAUGACGGAGAAAGCAGUGUUCUCUAGGGCUGGGUAUCAGUACUUGAUACCUUUAAGGCAGGGUUUACGUUGGCCGGCAUAUGCCAGCCUUUCGCCAGUACCACAUGUAGCUGUCUGACAAAUUAAAGUAUCAACAGCCAAAACGUCUGGUGGGAAAUUUGCCAAAUAAAUGAAUACAUAGCCAGAUAUUGUGUGACCUGUAAGAUGUGUUGCCAAGACAACUUUAGUAUAAACUUACAUUAUGUUAACCAGAUUUAAUUGUGGAUGGAUCUAUUUAACCACCGAAGCCACGCAGAGUGAGUCCCUGCUUUUUCAGAGCAUAUGCCACGUCCAUGACAGUCACAGUCUUUGUCUUAGUGUUCUCGGUGUAGUUAGGUGAUGGCAUCAUGGAUCACACUCUCUAGAGAGACCUUCAAACACAUCAUGGGUCUCCCUGUAGAACUGGAGAUACCCUUCACUCCACCUUGGCGAGCCAGACAAGGAUAACAGGCUUGGUGAUUAUGGUGACGUUUGCCACACCGAGUCCUUUUCCUCCUUUGCCUUUGCCUCUGCCUUUUAACCUCUGAUUAGUCACUUUGUUCAAUAGACUGCUUCUUCAUUUAACUUGUUUUACGUUAUUUAGUUAUUGUUUUAUUGCCGUAUAAAUGAAGGCUUUAAUAUGGCAAUUUAAAACAUACUCCCACCCAGUGGUGUAGUGGUAGUUGAUGAGGUGGGUAUAUUGCUAGUUAGAUGAGGAAGUGGGCAUACUCUCCUCUAUAUUACAAUGGCUGUUUAGCUGAUAGGUGGGUAUACUGUAACUGGAUAGAAAAAGAAGUGGGUAUACCCUGUGUACCUGACCAUACCCCCCACUACACUACUACUCUCACCAGCUGUGACUGGCACAUAGCUCACCACAUACUGUCUGUAGUGUGGUGAAGUCGAACACAGUGUAUUUAACCUAGUUGGCAGAUCAGCAUGCCAAGAUGACCCCAAAACAUUUAAAAGUAUGGCUUUACAUUACGCCACUCCAUUCACAUUAUAGGUAUUGGUAUCUCUUUACUGGUACUAGUGUUGGUACUGGUAUUGCAAUUUUAAAAAAAAUACCCAACCCUUGUGUUCUCCAGGAGAAAUCUUCCUGUGAAACUAAUCUCGGACCCACCAGGGUUCUGAUUUACACGACAUGUACUGUAAGAGAACAGCGACUGUAACUUGUGACUGAGGUGCAUGUACUUCUACUCUGUGAGGUCCAUCGUCAGUCUGUCACUUCAUCGCUGAUCACAGCAUCUCUGAUAAAACCUUGUAUAACCACUGAAACUGGAUUUUGGGUUUUUAUGCAAACAGCAGCAUUACUCUUGACAGACGUGUGUGUGUAGGAGUGUGUGCAGUGCUUCAGGUUUGUACUGCUUCCUGUUGUGUGUUUAUGGUGCUCAGUCAUUGCAAAGGUGGUGGAAGAUGCAUGAGGCAGCCCUACUAUUACUACUACUACUACCACCACUACUACUACUACUACAACAACUACAUAUGUAGCUAUUGUGUUACUGUGAAAGCAUGCUUCAUAUGUACCAAAAAAAAGCAAAGUACUUAUACUGUUAUCUUGUACUACUAUGUGUACUUUUGUAGCAGAGCGAGGUCUAUUUUAAUGGUACAGUAUUUGAAGGAGAGUUGCACUAAACCGACCAAGAGCACUUAGCUUGGAGCUGAUUUCAUACGAAGGGAGUGUUGUAAACUGGACAAUCAGGUUUGGAAAAGUCUGGAAAAUAAAUUUUAUUACUUCUGUGUUUUGAAAUGUUUUGAGGAAAAUGUGCUCUGGAACGGGGAGAGAAAGAAAGAAGCUUGAGAAGCAGGUGAAAACAUAACCGAACAAGUAUUAUAACUGCAGUUAUUGUUAGUUUGAUUAUGACACUACUACCUUUCUUGCCGUGAGUCGGUAGAGAUUAAAGUUAGUUUUAUGUUGUGUAAAAACUGUUUCCGCGCCAAGUUUGAUAUCCUUGAGUUCAUCAUGUUUGUCUGUAGGGAUUUCGUUUGCAGAAGUAAUCUCUAGUUUUGUGCCUUCACUGAGAAACUCUGUUGUCUGUAUAACACUGUGCAAAAUGCAAUACUGUGAAGAACUGGAAUACUUUUUGUGUUGAAACUUGUCGGUCUGUGUGAUAACCAUCGAAGAUUAAAGAACAUGACACCAA